AUGCAAAAGUACAUCUCGUUCUUUAACAUGAUAAGUUACGAUCUACACGGUAUGUGGGACCAGGAUAACAAGUAUACAGGGUCCUAUCUGCGAGGCCAUACCAACCUCACGGAGAUCGAUAUAUCCUACGAUGAUGCGCAGUCGUGGCAGGACAAACUGAGAUACCUGACAGGGAAGUGCAUUUCUGGUGUCAUGAUAUGGGCUCUCGAUCAGGAUGAUGGAAUGCAUAGGGCUCUAGGAGCGCUCCUAGGCGAGGAUGCGCUGUCUGGCUCACUUAUGGAGGGAGGUAAUCUCUCGACCAGCCAAAAGAAAGAGUUGACGAGUCAAAUAGCCGCAUACACCGGGCAAAAUUGCUAUGUCACUCAAUUCUGUACCGAUGGUUCAGGCUCCUAUAAGAACGAUCCGGAUUAUGUGUGUCCCACUGGUUUCUCCUCCGUUGCCACUACACACGCCCCUCAACAAAAGCUCGGAUACUACAUUACCGACACUUGUGAUAGCGGAUUCUACCGUCAUAUUUGCUGUCCCACAGAUGCCAUACCGAAGAAUUGCGAAUGGACCGGCGCCCCGGUACGCAGUGAAGUUGGCUGCAGUGGCAAGUGCGGAAGCGAUCAGUUCCAGCUUAACGUCGAUUCAUACGUUGACGCCUCGGGUGAGGAACCAUGUUACCAAGGAGACCGCGCCUUAUGCUGCGAUGGCGCCGAGUCAAUCAAUCAAUGCAAGUGGACUUCAUGCCAGAAGCUUGCAUCCACUCAGGACAAGCCGAGUUGCCCCAGUGGUAGCACCUAUAUGACCACCCGUUUUAACGAUGAAGAUGGCAGUUUAUGCUCCUCGGACGAUGAUGACGAUCUAGAGAUUCUCUACGCUCAGGCAUACUGUUGUCCAAGUGAUGAUGUGCCGUCUAAUUGCUCUUGGCCAUUCGAGACGCUACCUCAUACAUCGGAAUAUCUCUUCUAUCCCUCUGCCUAUGACUCCACCAAAACCCCUCCUGCUGGGGAAAAUCCCAAUUGGCCAUACUGCUGCGACCCACCGCAGGCAAACAGUGAGAAAUGGCCGGUUGACCCCAAGUAUCUCUGGGAUAACUACUACGAAGACACUGGGGACGACGUGGAAUGGGCUUACGUCGACAAAUACGGCAACAACAACAAACAGAGCUCUCCCAGCGACGAUGAUAGGGAUGAUCCAUAUGUAUUUGUGAUACUAGAUGGCCCUGCAGGCUCGAUUGACAGUUCAUUUGCCUCGACAUAUGAAUUCGCUCGUCGGAGCGAGGAAGUUCCCAAAACCAAACGCUCCUUGUUCACCACGAACCGCACCCGCUUAGAUACCAAUUUCGAUCAUGUCGAGGAAACGCAUCAUAUCUUUUGCAAACUGCCCACUGGCUCGUUGAAAUGCGACAAUUUAUUCUUCGACGGUGCUAAAGACACGAUAAUCCAUCUGCCAGAACACGUUGGCGAAGGCCCAUUUGCUCGUCUCGUUUCAAUACAGCGAGCCCAUAGCUCAUACGACCUUCCUCGGCAUCAUUUGGUCAAGCGGAUUGCGGAAGAGAAUGAGAAUCCUGUCUACAAGAUCAAAAUUGACUACAAUUUUCAAGCAAUCAAACGUGACUCAGGUGCUAUCAACAUGCGUGUGGAUUACACCAACCUGCUUGAUUAUUGGGAAGACGUUAUAGAUACUCCUGCCACUCGCCGGAAGAAGCGCUCUACUACUUCGGUCCGCGACGAGCACAUAUCCUACCGUGAGUGGCGCGGUAAGGUUAACUGGGCCAAAACCUCGCAUGAGGCUCUUCGCAAGCGACAAGCGGACAUCAUGACCUCCAAUACUACAUUUGAGCGCGCCGGUGACCGAGAACCUCACAACCUCCAAAAAAGGUGGUUUGGUAGCUUCAAGAACUGGCUAAAUAAGAUGAACACCGUUGAGAGCAGCAGAGUUGGGUAUCUGUCCCAAUUUUGGAAGAGCAGUCUUCUCCUCUUCAGCGCCUCCACGGGAUGCCCAAAGGCGAACGCCCAAUUGAACGUCUACCUGGAUUCUGAAAUCGGUAUAGACAGCACAUACGCCUACUACCUCUCCGGUACUCUGGUCCCUCCGUCUCUGGAUGGCAUAUAUGCAUACUUUUGCAUGCAGCCGAGUGUGUAUAUGGGCUUAACAGUUGAAGGCACCGCUCGUAUGGACUACAAGUCCGAGCGAAAGCAGUUCAUUCCAACCCUUUCCUACCCUGGCCUGGCAAUUAAGGGUAUAGCAGCCGUUGGGCCCACCCUUGACAUCUAUGGACAAAUCAGUGGUGUUGUACAACUGAGCGGCAAGAUGUCCGUUGGUGCCAAGUAUACCUUUGAGAAGUUAGAAGUUUAUUGGCCUGAAGGCGAUGACAGCACGGAUUAUAGCAAGAUCAACGAUCUCGUUGGUGACCCUGAGCCCGUGGCAUCUGGACUUGAGCCGUUAUUCCAGGCGUCAGUUCAGGCUAGCGCCGAUUUAGAUGUCAUGGUUACACCCGAGGCUAACAUUGGCAUCACCAUUAGUGGCUUAUCUCUCAUCGGAGGUGUUACCCUGGUCGAUGCCCAAAUGGUUGGCUUUGUGAAUACUACACUGAGAUUCCACGCUGAUUCGGGGGCAUCCGUCUCGGGCGACUCCUCCACCGUGAGUGCUGCUUAUACAUACAACUAUGGCGUGUAUCUCCUGUACAAUCUUGGAUAUGGUGGAAAUGCCACAAUUCCAUUCUAUGAAUGGUAUAUGACAGCCCGGACACUGUUCAGAAGUCCAAAGUUAAUCACUCUUUACUCGAAUUGGGAUGUUGGUUCAUCUUCAACAAGUAUAUCGACUAAAGACCCUCGUAACGGGAUCUUACACCUCUUACGUUAA